CACGCCACAGAAAAAGCAACGAAAGGUUUCUUUGAUCAAAUUGCGCCAGCAUCCAAGAUAAAGAUUGUAAUUGUAAAAUUCCAUUCGUCUAGAACUGGCCAAGUGCUCUAUUCUUUGCAAUAAAAAACUUCUACAUUGAAGGACACAUCAAUCAAGCAUCAUGAGUGGACCCAUAUUCGGUAGCAGCAGUGCGCUGGGUGGAAGUUCCGGUGGGAAUCGCCACCUGGUCGAAUUUCGCGCAGGCCGUAUGAACAUGGUAAACAAGAUGGUACAUGCGGACAACCGAAAAGGGCUGGUGUUCGUGUACCAGGCAGAGGACGGCUUAAUACACUUCUGCUGGAAGGAUCGCACCUCCGGGACGCUCGAGGACGAUCUGAUUCUGUUCCCAGACGAUUGCGAGUUCAAGAAGCUCGAUUACGUAAAGAAUGGUCGCGUGUAUGUGUUGAAGUUCAAGUCAUCCAACCGACGGCUGUUUUUCUGGAUGCAAGAACCGAAAACAGAUCGCGAUGAUGAGUGGUGCCGCCGAAUCAACGAAGUGAUCAAUAACCCACCGUCUGGCAAUAGCAUCGGUUCCGGUGGUAGAAGCAGUGGCAAUGAUAACGGUGACUUGCAAUACAUGUUAAACAACAUGUCGCAACAGCAAAUCAUGCAGCUGUUCGGUGGUGUUGGGCAGAUGGGUGGAUUGAGCAGCCUGCUAGGGUCCAUGACCCGUUCAAACUCUGGCAAUUCAAGCAGCCGCACCAGUGCAGCGACUCCAUCCAAUCGGACCCUAUCAAGCAGCAAUAAUGGUAAUGGGAGCAGCACUACCACACCAACAGCAGCAUCGAAUGCACCAUCUACACCUCGAGCACCGAAGAAAACAAGCGGUACUACGAAACCCACCAGUGGCUCAGGAAGCUCUGCCGGAUCUCCGAUGAGUACACCAGUCGUGCGAACUGGUGGCAACACCAGCAAUGCUGCUGCUGAAGGUGGUUCCAGAAUUUUGCUGUCCGACCUGCAAAACUAUCUGUCCGGCAUCAGUGCGACCGGCGUUGAUGGGUCCGGAUCAAGGCAAAACAUCGAUUUAGCUUCCGCCGUCAAUUCGCAAACACUGGCGUCGAUUAUAUCGGACCAAGAGAAAGUGGAUGCGCUGGUCGCACACCUACCUCAGCUGGAAGGUGAUGAGAACAAGAAGGAGCAGCUGAAAGAAACCAUCUCUUCCCCCCAAUUCCAGCAAGCCCUGUCCAUGUUCUCGAACGCGCUGCAGUCGGGCCAACUCGGUCCGGUCGUGUCACAGUUUCAACUCAACGCCGAAGCUGUCGCGGCAGCUAACGCGGGAGACUUGGAGCAGUUUGUAAAAGCGCUAGAAAACAGCGAGAAAUCCCUUGCCGAUACGGCAGGUGCGACGAGCAAGCAGUCGACGGGUGGUGGUGGUGGUACGGCCGCUGCUGCAGCUACUACGACCGGCAGUACGGAACAGCCGAAACCAUCGGAGGUUACCAAGGAGGAGAACGGCCAUGGUAAAGCGCAAAAGAAAGAUCAGGAUGAUGAAAUGGCCGGAUAGAAUACAGCACUGUGUUCGAACUGUCCAAUACAAUCAGGGCUUCAUCAAGCACCACAUAACUGAAUUGUAAGAGGCUUUAGUAUGAGUAUGUGCCUCUUUUUGUCUUUUUCAUGUUUUAACCUUUCUGCCUCGGCUAUUCCUUACUGUAAUCAUGAAUAAAGGGUUAUCCAAAUACAUUCUAUUUUGCAGAUGAA